CACAGCUGCAGAGAUGAGUUGCACUGAGGCAGGGAUGUGUUGUAUUCAAAACUGCUUUGUGCUAUGUUGAAUGGACUUGUGGCUGGAUUGCGCUGACUGAUGCUGAGGAGACCAGAAGAUACCAUGUAUAAAAGUGUUUGUGAUUAGUUUGAAUAGUGAGCUGAAGUGAUAUGAGUCUGUUGAUCUGGUUUCGAGGAGGCAGACCAUUUCUGCUGCUGCUGCUCAUGCUCUGCUGCAGGAUUCUGCCAACCUGGACCAAGACCAGCAGACGCCAAGGGUCCCACAGACCCACACACAACCACACAGAUGAUAUCAUACUGGCUGUCAUACUUCCUCAGCAUAACACUUCCUACCCCUGGGCGUGGCCUCGUGUGGGACCCCCACUGGAGCGCGCCAUCGCCCACAUUAAUGCCAACCCCACCCUGCUGCCCAGGCAUCACCUCCGACACAUCUUUGCAAACAGUGAGGAUGGAGAUGGCAUCUGCUCGGAGUCCAUUGCUCCUCUCAUGGCUGUUGACCUGAAGUUUGAACACAACCCUUGGGCCUUCAUAGGACCUGGCUGCGACUAUACCGCCUCCCCUGUUGGGCUGUUCACAACUCAUUGGGGCCUUCCCAUGAUCACAGCAGGAGCCCCUGCCGUAGCUUUUCUGAACAUGGAGAUGUACACUUCUAUCACUAAUACAGGCCCCACACACAAGAAACUGGGCGAGUAUGCCCUCCACCUAUACAGGCAUUUCGGUUGGCACCAGCACACCCUGCUGAUGUUCAGUGACACUAAAAUGGGCGACAGGGCAUGCUACUUUGCCCUGGAGGGGCUGUACACAGAGAUACAUGAGGAGAACAUCACAACCAUGGACCUAGUGUUCGAGGAGAAUAAAGGACCUGUUAACUACUCUGAACUCCUGCACAAGAUCCAGGAGGGUGGCAGAGUGGUAUUUGUGUGCUGCUCUCAGGAUGUUUUCCGUCAGUUGAUGGUGAACUUCCGCAGGGCAGGUCUCCCUCAGGAGGAGUUUGUCUUCUUCUACAUUGACAUCUUUGGACGUAGUUUGCAGUCCCAGCCUUCUCAGCCGUGGAUAAGAGGUGACCCAGACGAUGCCCUUGCAAAGGAGGCCUUCCAGAGUGUGAAGAUUCUGACCUAUCUAGAGCCCCAGAAUCAAGAGUACAAAGAAUUUGUCACUAAUCUAAAAUCAGAUGCCAAAAGGAUGUUCAACUUCACAGUGGAGGAUUCUUUGAUGAACAUCAUCUCAGGUGGUUUCUAUGAUGGUCUGAUGUUGUACUGUCAUGCUCUGAAUGAAAGUCUUUCUGAGGGACACGGACGACCUUCGAGAGAGUCUGUCACAAAAAGAAUGUGGAACCAAACUUAUUAUGGUGUCACUGGUCUGGUGCAAAUUGAUGAAAAUGGAGACAGAGAGACUGAUUUUGCCUUGUGGGACAUGACUGAUACCAACAAUGGCAACUUUCAGAUUGUGGCAGUGUAUAAUGGCACUCAGAAGAAGAUGAAGAUUCAGCCGGGGAUGACCAUCCAGUGGCCAGGGGGUGACAUUCCUUUGGAUGUGCCUAUAUGUGGGUUUAAGAAUGACAACCCUGCCUGUCGUGCACGAACCAUUGCAAUGCACCAGAUGAUUUCCAUUGUGAUCUUUUUCAUCCUCAUCAUCAUCUUCACUGUGAUGGUGUUUGUAUACAGAAAGCUGAAGCUGGAGAAGGAGUUGGUCGCUCAGUUAUGGAGGAUCUCUUGGGAGGACAUUCAGAUGAGCAACCUGGAAAAGGUCAUGAGGAGCACUGGCAGCAAACUCACACUCUCUUUGAGAGGCUCAAACUAUGGAUCACUGCUGACAGGUGAUGGAAAUUUCCAAGUGUUUGCUAAGACUGGCUACUUUAAGGGCAACAUUGUGGCAAUGAAAUAUAUCAGCAGAAAGCGCAUUGAGUUAACGAGGAAAGUGUUGUUUGAACUGAAACAUAUGAGAGAUGUGCAGAAUGAGCAUUUGACACGUUUUAUUGGUGCCUGCAUCGACCCACCCAAUAUUUGCAUCGUCACAGAAUACUGCCCUCGAGGAAGUCUGCAGGACAUCUUGGAAAAUGAAAGCAUCACACUAGACUGGAUGUUCAAAUAUUCUCUGAUCAGUGACAUAGUGAAGGGCAUGGCUUUCCUCCAUAACAGUGUGAUUGUAUCCCAUGGCAACCUGAAGUCAUCUAACUGUGUGGUGGACAAUCGUUUUGUGCUAAAGAUCACAGACUAUGGGCUGUCCAGCAUCAGGACGGAGUCAGACACAGAGGACGCCCACUCUUAUUAUGCACGUAAGCUGUGGAUGGCUCCUGAGCUGUUGAGGUUGGAGUGCUUUCCUCCUGGCGGCACGCAGAAGGGUGACGUCUAUAGUUUUGGCAUCAUCCUCCAGGAGGUGGCACUACGCAGAGGAGUCUUUUACCUGGAGGGAGAUGCGCUCAGCCCCAAAGAGAUUGUGGAUCGAUUAGCUCUGGGUGAAUGGCCAUACUUGCGGCCAUCAGUGAACCCUCAGGCCCACAGUGAGGAGCUGGGCCAGCUGAUGCAGCGUUGCUGGGCUGAAGAACCUUCAGACAGACCCGAGUUCAACCACAUUAGUGUAUUACUCCGCAAACAGAACAGGGAGCACAGAAGUAAUAUCUUGGAUAAUCUUUUGUCUCGCAUGGAGCAGUACGCUAAUAAUCUUGAAGAGCUGGUAGAGGACAGAACUCAAGCCUACCUGGAGGAGAAACGCAAGGCUGAAGCUUUACUGUACCAGAUCCUCCCUCAUUCAGUGGCAGAGCAGCUAAAGAGGGGUGAGACGGUGCAGGCAGAAGCUUUUGACUCUGUCACCAUCUACUUUAGUGACAUUGUGGGCUUCACCGCUCUAUCAGCAGAGAGCACACCUAUGCAGGUCGUCACCCUCCUUAAUGAUCUCUACACUUGCUUUGAUGCCAUUAUAGACAAUUUUGAUGUUUACAAGGUGGAAACAAUAGGUGAUGCCUACAUGGUGGUUUCAGGACUACCAGUACGAAAUGGGAAACUGCAUGGUCGUGAGAUUGCACGCAUGUCCCUAGCUCUAUUGGAGGCUGUCAAAACAUUUAAGAUUCACCACCGACCUGAUGAGCAGCUCAAAUUACGAAUCGGCAUCCACAGUGGCCCUGUCUGUGCAGGUGUAGUUGGGCUAAAGAUGCCUCGGUAUUGUCUUUUUGGAGACACAGUGAACACAUCCUCUCGGAUGGAGUCAAAUGGAGAAGCUCUUAAGAUUCAUGUGUCGUCAGCCACUCGAGAUGUGCUACAAGAGUUCAACUGCUUCCAGCUGGAGCUGAGAGGAGAUGUUGAGAUGAAGGGAAAAGGGAAGAUGAGGACCUACUGGCUUCUUGGGGAGAGCAAGAUCAAUGAUUGAAACAGUGGGAAUAAGCAAAUUGCUCCACAGGAUCAGCCCAGAAACAUUGAAUGUAGUCAGUUGCACCCACAGGGAAACCUUCGAGACUGUUUAGGGCCAGCCCAAUUUGCCCAGUGCACACCAACAUUACUGUGUACAGCACUGUUGGAGACGAAGUCUGACCUUUGUAUAUAUGGACUUCAAGGUGGAUUUUUUUUUUUCUUUCUGUAAGAUGUUAUCACCAUUCAACACAAGUUGUUAUUGCAGCUGUAAAUCAAUUGAGUGAAGGUGAAAGAGUGUGUGUGUAUCAAUAUUGACCCCUGGUGGACAGGUAGAAGUAUUAAAGGUGCAGUAUGUAACAAUUUUCAUGUAAUAUUCACCGUUUUUUUGCCAAUGUGUGAACAGCUUGUAACGCAACUUAAAAAAUUAGCCCUUCCCAGACUUCCUAGGUUGCCUAUUAAAGCCUGUAGACUGAUUUUCAUGCGAAGGGAGCGGGUCGGUUUUGCCGGGAAAAUCCAAAGGAUGUGAAGUUUAUGCGUGCUCCCGAGAGCCUUGCCUCAGUGCUUCUCUUCUGCUAUUCAACAGCGACAACAAACUGCAACUCUAGGUAACGUUAUCUUAGAGAUGGAAUCCAGCAAACGUCUGUCUCCCGGCACAACACUGACUCCUACACAAACUCAGAGGAAGCCCAAAAAAAAAAAAAACAUGAAUCUACUGAAUCCCGUCUGGCUAAGCGGGAACGUGAUCUGUGUAAUUUUAGCUAACUUGAUCUUGCCUGCUAACACUGACGAAUUUCAAGAUACCUUGCUUCGUAACUUUCAAAUAAUUUCAACGAUCUUCUCUUUACACAAAAAGUCAGGUAUACAGGAUAAAUUUAAGCAAAUACACGGGUUUCUUGAUCAUAGGACAACAUAUGACAUACAAUAGUGCAACAUAACAGUGCAGUGCAACAGUAAACUCUCUAGUAUAGUUUGGUAGUAUGUAGCUGUAUGUGUGUAUCAGUAUGCUAUGUUAGCUGAUAAAUAGUUUUAGUUUAGUCUCAAAGUUUGUAGUAAAACAAUCAUAACUGUGUUAUUUUAAUUAUGCUACCUCAUCUGUCAUCAUGAUGCCUUUGGAUCACGUUCAGUCUCUUUGUACGUUACGUCAUUGUUUUGGCCGAUGCUCGCUCACUCGCGUCCCUAUGGAGUGUGUGCACGAGCGCGAGCACGAGCAACAGCUAGCUGGCUGCAGUUCACUUAACGGCCACAGGUGUCAUUAAUAACAAGGGUUUCUGAAUCUUACAUACUGCACCUUCAUACAAAUUUCAUUUAUUUAAAAGUUAUUGCCUACCUAAUAAGAACACUUUGAGGGUGUUGCGUGAGACAUUUUUAUUUUGAGUUAUUACUGGGAUUUUAAUCUCACCAAAAAAUCACUUUUGUUGGCCUAAUUCAUAUGGGUUGAAGAAAAACGUAUUUACCUUUUUUUUCUUUUUCUUUUUUUUUUUUUUUUUACCAUAUCGUAAAUGUACAGUAUAACUGUUAUUCCAAAUCUUUUUUCAUUCUGCUUUAAUUUCUGUUAUGACAGAUCAGACACUUGCAUGCGUAUGUAUUUAAGAGAUAUAACUCACUGGUUCAUCUUCUCUAAUGGACCUGUCUGCCAAAUCAUGGUGAAUGAUUGAGAGUGCUUUAGUUUUGAGAGACAGUUUGUUUUGUUGAUUGUUUUGUGGUGUGAUUGAUGCCUUAGUUUUGUGAGCCACGCAGACCUACAACAGCUUUAGGACACAAAGCAUAUAAAUAAAUAUAAAUGGAACUUUCUUACAAAUCAAUACAGCUCAGUUUAAUUUUAGAUCAUUUGAAGGGGACUAUUUUGCUGGUCUAAAAGAGGAAAAGGGAGAUUUCUUUUGCUUAGCUGUGUCAUUAUAUUUUCGAAUGAAUGACACGAGUUUGAUUUUAUGUCAGAAAUCAUCUAUGUAAGUUUGCUUUUAACUAUUUGUCAUAACACUUGCUUUACAUGUUUCCAUGUGUUUCUGUCUCUGCAGGAACAGUUUUUUUCUUUCUGUGUAUUUGUCAUGUUUUAUGGUCAGUCAAAUGUAAGCAUGCUGUAAACUUAUAUUUCUCAGGAUAGUGUUUUGGGGUAAUAAUGAAGCUGUUAACAUCUGGCACAUGGAACCAGUCAUCAGGAACCAGCAAAGCAGUUACUGCCCCUGAAGGAUUAGGAUUAUAAUGCAGAACAUCCACACAGAACCUUACAUUAUUUUCCAACUCUGCAAUCAAGUUUUGAAUCCUCAGUGUGAAAAAAGGAUUGUUGAGAAAACUUAAAAUAUCCAGGCAACAUGAUGCAGUAAGAUUUUUGAGUUCUCAACAACUGUCUAAAUAAUUGUCCUUAGUAACAUUGCUUUGUUUAGUCAAUGUGAAUUUGUUUGUUCACUAAAUUCUUGUUGAGAGAA